AUGUCGGCCGACAACUCAGCCAAACGAGUCGACAACAAUGCAACGGCUACCGGGAUGAUUGAGGUCAUAGCUAACGAUCGUCUCGGUACCAGAGUGAGGGUCAAAUGCAGUAAAGAAGACACAGUAGGAGAUUUGAAGAAAUUAAUUGCUGCUCAAACCGGUACCCGAUUUGAAAAAAUUCGACUCAAAAGGGCUAACAGGGAAUUCAAGAACCAUAUCACGCUGUAUGAUUAUGAAAUUAACGACGGAACGUGUCUUGACCUAUACUAG